GAUACUUCAAGAAUAAACAGUAACUUUUGUAUCCGUUUUCUAGCACAAAAAUAAAUGCGGCAGAGGUUUGACUAUAAGGGAUGGUAUAGUGCAGAGUAGCUGUGCAGUGGAAAUAUUGAACGAUCCUACUCAUUCCAAAAGCAAUGAAUUCGUAGAGUGAGUGCAAUGGUUACUUAAAGUUUAUGGGACAAAGAGUUAAGGAACAUUUGGAAAUUUGUUAACGUGAAGCUUUGACUAAGCAGGACAGAUCAGUGUUUGCCAGCCUGAGAGCUGGCAUAGCAUCAGACCUGCGUCCUUCCAUUGUUUAUCAGCCAAAAGAUUUCCAGAAUCUGUUGCCAUCUUGCAGAUGAGAAGACUGCAUGGAUCCUAAUGCAUGAGACCAAUACAAAACACUGGCACCGAAGCUGUAAGCCUCAGUAAAAAAGGAUGUUGAACCAAAGAAAACCAAACACUAAGCAGAUCUGGCGAGUAUGGAUCUUCUACAUGGCCAUAAGUACAAAUUGCUCUGAAGAAAAAGCCAUGACGCAGGUGUGUCCUUCAUGUGAUGCCACUCGUUUCUGUGACUGUUCUUCAAUGGAUUUGAGCAACAUUCCUUCAGGUUUAACAACUGAUGUCAUGGGGCUAAAUCUGUCCUACAACAGCAUAGACCAUGUCAGAGAAACUGAUCUGAAGCUGGGUUUGAAUCUGAGAGUGCUGCUGCUGCAAUCCACUCAAAUUAGGACAAUAGAUAAGGAAUCAUUUAUUUUCCUUGGAAAAUUGGAACAUUUGGAUUUAUCAAAUAAUAAGUUGACUCACUUGUCACCCAUUUGGUUUAGACAUCUUUUUUCCUUACAGCAACUAAACAUACAGGGUAAUUUAUAUACAACACUGGGGGAGAAUCCCUUGUUUUCUAAUCUCAAAAAUUUGAAAUAUCUGCACCUGGGGAAUAACAAUUCCUUUUCUGCUAUACAGAAGCAAGACUUUGAUGGAAUUACAAUUCUUGAACAACUUGAGAUUGACGGUCAAAGGCUCAGGCAAUAUGAAUCAGGGAGUUUGACAACAGUUAACAGCAUAAAUCAUAUCAUCAUAAACAUAAAUGAUGUUCAGGUGUUAUCAGUGAUGUUAGAGGAUCUUAUAAAUUCUGCAAUAUGUGUAGAACUGAGAAAUAUAGCCUUCAAUACAGCUAAUGAAUCUUCAUUAUUGGAGCCAAUUAGUCAUUCUGUCAUGGAGAAACUUGUGUUUAAAAAUGUUUUGUUUACAGAUGCAAGUGUUAUCAGAGUGUUAAAUAUCUUGAGGCAUGCUAAACAAGUGUUGGAGCUGGAAGUGGAUGAUUCUGUACUACGGGGAACUGGAAAAUGGCAUGGACAAAUUGAAGUAAAUGGAGAAAGUGCCAUUGAAGUAAUCACUGUACAGAGAUUAGCUAUAGAACAAUUUUAUUUGUUUUCAGAUCUUAGUGGUGUGGAAAAUCUUCUAGGUAACAUUACCAGAACCACAGUUAUAAAUACCAAUGUGUUCCUGGUGCCUUGCAACAUUUCAAAACAUUUUUCCUCACUCCUUUAUCUUGAUCUCAGUGAAAAUUUGCUUGCAGAUCCAACUUUAGAACAUUCAUCCUGUGAUGGUGCAUGGCCCUUGCUGCAAACUUUCAAUUUAAGUCAAAAUUCAUUGGAUGAUUUAGAAAUGACGUCACGAAGUCUAUCUCAUCUAAAACACCUUACUCACCUAGAUAUUAGCCGAAACAAUUUUGGUGAGAUUCCAGAAUCGUGUCAAUGGCCAGAAAACCUGAAAUAUUUAAAUAUCUCAGGCACUCAAAUACCCAAAUUAACAACGUGCAUUCCUCAAACUCUUGAAGUUUUGGAUGUUAGUAGUAAUAACCUCGAUGAUUUUAGAUUAAAGCUACCACGGCUCAAAGAGCUCUAUGUUUCAAAAAACAAAUUAAAGACCUUGCCAGAUGCUCCAUUUAUUCCUAACUUAAUAGCCCUGAGAAUCAGCAGAAACAAAUUAACCAGUUUCUCGAAAGAAGAGUUUGGAUCAUUUAGGAAAAUGGAGACACUGGAUGCAGGUGACAAUAAUUUCAUCUGCUCUUGUGAAGUUCUCUCCUUCAUUCAAUAUCAGGAGGGAAUAGCUAAUGUCUUGGCUAACUGGCCAGAGAAUUACAUCUGUGACUCUCCGUCCUCUGUGAGAGGGCAGCAGAUAAAAGCUGCUCGGCUUUCGCUGUUUGAAUGUCACAGAACUUUGGCCGUGUCCUUAAUUUGCAUUCUGGUGGUUUUGGUAAUCCUGCUUAUUGUGAUCCUGGGCUACAAACUUCAUGUGAUCUGGUACAUGAAAAUGACCUGGGCUUGGCUUCAAGCAAAAAGGAAACCCAAGAAAUCACACAAUCAUGACUUCUGCUAUGAUGCUUUUGUUUCCUACAGUGAAAGAGACUCCGAAUGGGUUGAAAACGUAAUGGUACAGGAACUUGAGAACGCUAUCCCCCCAUUUAAACUGUGCCUUCAUAAACGGGACUUUGUGCCUGGGAAGUGGAUCACUGACAACAUCAUUGACUCCAUUGAAAAAAGUCAUAAAACUCUGUUUGUGCUGUCAGAGCACUUUGUGCAGAGUGAGUGGUGCAAGUAUGAGCUGGAGUUCUCGCACUUCCGUCUCUUUGAUGAGCAUAAUGAUGCAGCAAUUUUGAUUCUUUUGGAGCCUAUUCAGGAGCAAACAAUCCCCAAAAGAUUCUGUAAACUGAGGAAAAUAAUGAACACAAAGACCUACCUUGAAUGGCCUCUUGACGAAAAUCAGCAGCAAAUAUUUUGGAAUAACUUGAAAACAGCAUUAAAAUCCUAUGAUGUCAUUUAAGGCUGAACCACUAACUCAGCCACGCUACAUUUCCAAGCAGGACAUUUGUAAAGCCUUUUUCCUGUUAAGAAAUUGUGUUGGGUUGGAUCACAGAAACCCCCUUGGGAGCUGCCACCUGAUGUGCAAAAGACUACCCCUGCUUCUGUUUUCCCUGCCAGCUCAGGACUCUAGCACCCUGUCUUGCUGAGC